AUGAUCAUGGGUGGUGGUGGCCUGACCAAGUGGAAACAACACGAGGCAGAAGAUGGAAGGAGCAUGAGCUUUAAAAUCCAAUCGAGACUAGAUAAUGGGUCAAACUAACUAAAUGAAGGCAAAUGUUUGUCCCGUUGACGUUAAAAAGCUGUAGAAGUCAACAAUACUGGGUCCAAACCUGCAAGGUGCUGUUGGAUCCACCGCUUAGUGAUGGAUUCGGAUGCUGACGCGAGUUAGCGGCGAUGGAUGAAGUUUGUCUCAUCACUGGGCGAAACCAAUACGCAGGAGCAAAAAUAGUGAUGGAGAAGGAGGCUCAGCUGUCACAUUCAGCAUCAUCUCCGCAGGCGAUCGGGGCCUGACAGCUCUGCUCUCUGUGUCCCGUCUCUUUGUGUGUGUGUGUGCAGAGGGUGGGGGCCGUCCUUUCUCCUAUUCAAGGGCAGGGAUCCGUGCUAUAUUACAUUCAAUAGUCAAUAUCCUCUUGAUUGUGUUCAUUAAUAACUCCAGAGGUCAGUUUUAUGUUACUUCUGCUCGCUGCCGACUGCUCUGGGAGCAGAUAUUACUGUGACAUAUCAGUCCAGCUUUAUUCCUUCUUUCCAUCUUUUCUCAGUGUCUGGAUCUCGUUUCAGCGUGUGACUCUGUAAACCUUUCUUUAGCCGAACGUGCCCUUCGCUCCUCUUGUUUCAGCGUCCUAUGACGCAGUCACCUUCUCGCACUGAGGCCCCUGAUGACGGGACUUCCUUCGCUUUCGCCGCUGACCUUUCAUGAAGAAACCAGGAACCUGCGGCGGUGUUUGGGAUUCAGUGGGUUUGGAGCAAAGCAGCAGAAAAAGCCGCCUCCCUCAGCACUGAGCUGUGUCAGCUUUUCCAGUGAUAACUGUGGAGUCAGGCUUUUCUUUUUUGUCUGAUAACGUAACAUCACAGUUUUUUGGAAGUUUAACAAGCAUCAGCCUUAUUUUAAGAAUCAGCGCCGAGGCCGAGGGAACGUCACCAGCUGAUGAAUCACCCCUUGACACAUGCGCUGUGUUGGAUUUUCCCACUACAGAAGCUGCUCCUGAGGCCUUAAAGCAAAGACAGCAAACAUAUCCUCCUUGCAGAGCGUGGGGCGCACAAAACCUGCUGACUGAGCUGAGCUGCAGGCGGGCACCGGGGCACAGUGCGGAGGAAUAAGCAGACAAGACAGAGCACACGAGACCUGAGCUGCCAGCGCCCAUGGCGAGCAAUAACACGGCCAGCAUCGCGCAAACCAGGAAGCUGGUGGAGCAGCUGAAGAUGGAGGCCAACAUUGACAGAAUAAAGGUAUCGAAAGCAGUGGCCGACCUAAUGUCGUACUGUGAAGCUCACGCCAAAGAGGACCCGCUGCUAUCGCCGGUGCCGGCGUCGGAGAACCCGUUCCGGGAGAAGAAGUUCUUCUGUGCCAUCCUGUAAGCGCAGCAUGGCCCCUCAGCAACCUGCUCAGUGUGGGACUUUGAACACGGACGUUCAAAAUACAUAGAAGUCUUCUAGUGGGAAGGAACGGCGGUUAAUGCCCCCUUUCUCGAUCCGGCACCCGUUAACAUGUAAACAUUAAAGGGGCCGCGAUCGCUUUGUUGACCGGUGUUGCAGCAUGUUGAAGGGGUCUGUGCUUUUUAGAUGACACACGUGGGAUGAGGAGGAGGAGGAGGAGGAGGAGGAGGAAGAGACGUGGUGAUGGACAACCAGUCAACACUCAGUUUCAAGGGGUUGUGAUGUGUGUUAAAAAAAAAAAAACAUAAACGAGAAUAAAAAUAUUUCGUGGUUCUUUGGGAACUUUCAAAGGUUCUGUUGGAUGGUUUGUGGACGGGUGGAGCCCCCAAGGACGGCAACAAGAACGUGCCAACCACUAGACCUGGCUCAUGGAAGUUCUUUCAGUUCAUUUAUUUCAACUUUCUCUAUCACCUACAUAUCUUUCUAUAACUGUAUGUGGUUACUGGAACUGCUCUGUUCACUCUUUUUUUACACCAACAGUUUAGUGGAAGCUUUUUUAUCGGGAUGUUUGAACCCUUUCUGAAAGUCAGUCUCUGUGUAUCGACAUCUAUCUGGAAAAUGUGACGCGGUUCUCCUUCGAAUACAAACCCUCUUUCUACUAUUUGUACAAAAUGACUAGCGAGUAAACCGUGCUGUGUUGUGAGUACUGGAUGUUUGUGUUCGUAUCCUUAACUAUUGCAUGAAAUGGACAAACUGUCUUUUCGCUUUCCUUUCAUGUGGAGAUUGUAUGAAACAGCGGCAGCCUCCAUCUGGAAGUGUCAGAAACUAUUAAAACAAGAAUGAUUCAGUGUGGACUCAACAAGGACAACUUGAAUAAAAAGUAACACUGGUGAUAGAUGAAACACUUCAAAGCAACAACUUUCACGAUCUCCAUGAAGUGCUUAGAUGAUAAGUGCAGAAAGGAUUUGUCAGCUCUUUGGUGUUUUUUUUCUUCAUUUAUUUCAGAUGUUAGUUUAACAUUUUUUUACACUAAAUAAAAUAAAUGAACAUUGUGA